GUCGCCCCCGCCCGGUCCCCGCCGCCCCCGCCAACAUGGCGCUGGUGGGGUCCCUGCCCCUGCCCGGCGACCGCUUCCCGCGCGCUUUGUUCCGCGCCGUGCGGGGGGGCGGGGGCGGCGGCAUUGCGUAACCGGGCGGGGGAGGGGCGUGGCGGGACCCCCGCGGCGGGUCACCCUGGUGACGCCCUGCCUGGGGGGCUCGGGGCUGGGGCUCGCGUGACCUUGGGUUUGCCUUCCCGUUCGCGCCGGGGUGUAGCGCGACUCGGCGCGGCUGCCGCGCUUCGCUGGGGGUCGCGGUCCCUGGUGGCUUCCUGCACGGCUGAGUGCUUGGGAAUCCACAUGUUUUUGCUGAACUUGUAAAAGAGACACCUGGAUGGUGGGUUAACAAGAAUACUGACCUGUGGGAAGCUUCAUAUCUGAAAAUACUGGAUUUUCACCCUAGUCCAGCAGCUCUGCUGCUCACAUAAAUACAGAUGAAUGAAGACCCCAUUCGGGAAGACACCUGGCCAGCGGUCUAGAGCUGAUGCAGGUCAUGCUGGAGUAUCUGUAAACAUGAUGAAGAAGAGGACAUCUCACAAGGAACGUCAUCUGUUGCCUUCACAGGCUAAGAUCCGAAGCUUUGAAGCCUUGAGUGCAUUGUUGUGCUCCAGAAGAAAACAUCGGACCAGUGUGGGACCAAGCAAACCUGUGUCCCAGCCCCGGCGGAACAUCGUAGGCUGCAGGAUUCAGCAUGGGUGGAGAGAGGGCAACGGCCCUAUCACCCAGUGGAAGGGGACUGUCCUGGACCAGGUGCCCGUGAAUCCUUCCCUGUAUCUUAUAAAGUAUGAUGGAUUUGACUGUGUUUAUGGACUAGAACUUAACAAAGAUGAAAGAGUUUCUGCACUUGAAGUCCUCCCUGAUAGAGUUGCCACAUCUCGGAUCAGCGACGCACACUUAGCGGACACAAUGAUUGGCAAAGCAGUGGAGCACAUGUUUGAGACAGAGGAUGGCUCUAAAGAUGAGUGGAGGGGGAUGGUCUUGGCACGGGCACCUGUCAUGAACACAUGGUUUUACAUCACCUAUGAGAAAGACCCUGUCUUGUACAUGUACCAGCUCCUAGAUGAUUACAAAGAAGGCGAUCUCCGCAUCAUGCCUGAUUCUAAUGAUUCGCCUCCAGCAGAAAGGGAGCCAGGAGAAGUUGUGGACAGCCUGGUAGGCAAGCAAGUGGAAUAUGCCAAAGAAGAUGGCUCGAAAAGGACUGGCAUGGUCAUCCACCAAGUAGAGGCCAAACCCUCUGUCUAUUUCAUCAAGUUUGAUGAUGACUUCCAUAUUUACGUCUACGAUUUGGUGAAAACGUCCUAGAUGUCAUCACAAGCUUUGCCAAAUUUGUGGAACUAUUAAAUGUAUAAUUUGUAGACAUAAAGACUUGAUUGCUUUCCAGUUUAAUGAAAGCUUAGAUGUCCCUGCGAACCCACAAUCUCCACCAGCAGAGCUGGUGUUGUUCUGAAUAGUGCAGACUGAUUCGAACACAAGGCAUCUAUGAGGGGUGUCCUCCCUCUUCAGAGCAUCUGUGAGGGGAGUCCUCCCUCUUCAAGGCAUCUGUGUGAGGGGGGUCCUCCCCCUUACAAGAAGGCUGUCUGUUGGGGGUUACAAGCAAGGUGGUAAAAGUUAAGCUAGUAUUAUAGUCAUUUAAAUCUGGAUAAGUUGUAACCAUUUUCCCCAUCACUUUGACACACUGUCUUAUUCUGCUGCCACAAUGCAAGCAUAGUUUGUUAUUUUUGUUACUGCCUUUUUUGAGAGAUUAUGUAUCUAUAGCUACCUGUCUAGAUCUGCAUCUGUGUGCCUAUGUAUAUAUUAUACACACACACAGGCACUCACCGCUGGCACUCCUUUCCUUGUGGAGUGGGAGGGGGGUGAUAAUGUUUUCUCCAGUUCAACAGGAGUGCUUGACCCAAGUCAGUCGUAUUUAUAAUAUGGCUUUGUUUAAAAUUAAAUUUGGGCACGGAAAGCACACAAGGGACAUUAGGUUGUUUCAAAGGUCAGAAUUCAGAGUACCAUUUUAAUCUGGAGGCUUUUAGCUAUGAGUCCAGGUAUAAAUUAGCCAUAAACCGUCAACAACCCACAGUAGAAUUUAGUAAACUGUUAAGAAAUCUGGGUAAAAGGCUGCCUUCAAUUCGAAGCUUUGUUUUCUAUGUUUCGUUUGUUUCUUGUUUCCUUUAUUAUUAUUAUUAUAAUUAUUAUUGCUGUUGUUACUCUUUAAUCAUAAGUACUUUUAAAAUAAAGCCCAGGUCCUUGGUUCACAUGGAACAAUGUCAAUGUGCUUAUGGACGGCACAUUGGUCUAUUUGUAUGCUUCCAGUCGUCAGGAUUUUAGUACAUGGAUUUAGAAGGCAACACUAUAACAGUGGUUUGUAUAUGUGGUAAAUUCCUACAAAAACAGUACAUUGGUAUUAGAAAUGUGAGUUUUAAAGUAUGGCACUGUUGCCUUCUGCUAAGUUCUCUGGGGCUUUUUAGUUUUUAUUAUUGUUACUGUUGAUAUAUGAUUGUGGUCAGAAGGCCUCUUCUCCCCUUCCCUUCCUGCUCUUCUUCCUCCUGGCCCUUCCCACCCCUCUACAGUGAAUGUUGGGCAAAUAUGGCUUCUUGCCUUGACCCUGUUGUGACGGUGUCUGUUCUUGCUCCAGGUGUGCUGUUCAUGCGGGUUUAUUCCCUCUGUGGCCCUGGGCUUUGCAUGUGCAUUAUAUGUUAUGGUGGAAGGCUGUCAUGCUAGCUGGCUUGUGGGUGAAUAGCAGCUCUUGGCCACUGGGUGCAUUUGUGAUUUGUUCUGUAAGGUUGUUUGAAGCUGAGAUGGAACUGAAAAUGUGGUUGAUUGACUCACCUAACAUCUGCUUGGUCUCGCUUGUUUUGGAAGAUCCCCGGUGACCUGUCAGCUGGGAGAAAGAUGAUUUGUAAAACCAGUCUCUUGUAGAGAUUGAAAAUCCUUUCUGUGCCUGGACAGAUGUGGAUACUGUCAAGCACACACCAGAGCUUUGGCCUAGUGUAGGUCUGCUACCUUGGUGGGGCUCUUCCUGAUGUAAGAAAUCAUUCCAUGAUUCAAGGAGCAUGGUUACUAGAUACCCAUGUAGUCUUCACAGAGGCUAACAACCUCAUGCUUCUGGAUGGUCACAACUGCUCACCAUGUGAACACAGUACCUCAGUUCUGUCCCUGGCUGCAAUCACCCUGUGCUCAGUGUUUUCCCAAAGGGACCCAGGGACAAGCUUCUUAAUGCAGUGUGAUAUACCCUAGUCUUCAGUGCUUCUAGCGUAUGUGACCGGGUGUCGUCGGGCAUGUAAAUCUGAGCUGAGUCUGACUCCUAGGGCGCAUACUGACAUCUGUGCCACAAGUGGGCAAGUGUGUCCUGCAUGGACUGACAGUGCAGAACAUAGCAUGGUGACUGGAAAGGAAUGUUCAUUUCGAAAUGUCCCGAGGGCUGGAUCUGUUUAGACGUGUCUGCCAUUAUCUGAUGAUUGCAUUGUGGUUUUCUGCCAGCAGCCCACACUAGUUUGGUUACCCAUGAACUCCUGGUCCAGAGGAAUACAACAUGAUGAUGGUGAUAACUUGGAUCACUAUUCUAUUUAUUGCCUUUACGUGAGGCUGGGGGAAGGGGAAGGUUUUUGUUUGUUUGUAUUUUUAUUGUUUUUCCAUCCCUCCCCCACUCUUUUCUUUUGGUGGCUUCCACCACUCUCCUCCUGAGCCUGCCACCUCGGGCUUCCCUUAGGCUCACAGUUCAGAUCUGCAUGCAUUGCUUGCAUUGUUCUGGUAUCUGAAUGUUGAUUCCUCAUUUAGGAGUUCAACAUUAAUUUCCAAAAUUAUGGGGCUUGUGGCAACACAAGGCGUGAAUCUGUGUAUAAAAUUUAUUGGCCUUCCUCACUUACCUGCUCUAGUAUCGUAUCGUGUGUGCGUGCGUAUGUGACGUCAGGCUGCCACGUAAACUUCAGAGAAGAACCUUAAAGCAGACCAUCCUUUUUUGCAUGCUCUCUUCUAAGUAGAAUGUUCAAUGUAACUAAGUAAAAUUGCAUGUUAAAGAGACUUAGGUUCUUUCUUUCUUUCUUUCUUUGGAUUUGCUUUUGGUUUCCUGUAUAUUUGCUUACUGUGCUGUUGUAGUGGUUGUAGGGUAAAGACGCACUGGUGAAGCAGUCGUAGCGCCGACAGAAGGUUAUUCCAGUUGUAUAUGUCACACAGCAUUCGAAGGGACUGUGCACGCUCUAAAAAUCACAGUUGCUUCUAAGCCAGAUUUCAUUUCUUUUCUUGUUUUAUGUGCCAAACCCGGAAGUGCAUUGGGCCUGAAUCUCUGAACACUGUUGACCCAUUAGAAAGAAGACUGCGCUGAUUGUCACAGAUUGUAGUGCCUGAAAACACUUACGCUGAUUGUCCAAGAGAGGAGAGUCCUCCAAAGAUGACACAGGAAAAAUUACUCAAAAUAAUCAUGGUUGAAAUGUCUGUGUCCUUGGGAAUGCUGCACUCUGUGUAUUCUCCUUCAUUGGUGCAGUUCGGAUGAAUGAGUAGAGUUCAGAGGUCUUCGUGUUCACGUUUAAAACUAGAUAAAUGACCUCAUUUUUUUGAGCUUGAAUUCAUUUUUAAUUUUAACUUUAUUUUAUACAACGUGUAGACAGUUCCCUGUUCUCUGCAUUUAGAAGUAUACACAGUACAACUGUUAAUUCUGUAAGUAAUUUUUAUAAUUAUGAUGUAACUCUAUCCUUCCUUAAAACAUUCAAAAUAAACCCUUUAUGUGCAACUUC